CGGCGGUGACGAGAGGCGAGUGUUGUUGUGGCUCGUGUGCGUUUGCGUGUGGGAGAGCGGGGCCGAAACGCUGCGCUAUUCCGUGUGGGAGGAAAUGGCGAGGGACUCGUCGGUGGGCAACGUGGCCCGGGACCUGGGGCUUUCUCCGAGCCAGCUCGCGGCUCGCAAGGCGCGCGUGGUGUCCGAGGGGAGCGAGCAGCAUUUCCGCCUCGAUCCGCACAGCGGCGUCCUGACGGUCACGGAGACGCUGGACCGAGAGCGGAUCUGUCCGCACAGCGAGAGCUGCGCGCUCUUCUUUAAGCUUUUCUUUGAGAACCCGGUGCAGCUGAUCCGCGGGGAGGUGGAGGUUCGCGACGUGAACGACAACUCCCCCGUGUUCCCGCAGCAGGAAGUGGUACUGGAGAUUCUUGAAACGGCAACUCCUGGAUCUCAGUUCCCCCUAGACAGCGCCCAGGACAGAGACGUUGGGAUGAACGGCUUGCAGAAUUACAGCCUCUCCCCGAAUUCGCAUUUCACCCUUGCUCUCGAAAAAGGAGAAGAUGGAGGUAAAUACGCGGAGCUCGUCCUUGAGAGGCCUUUGGACCGGGAGGAGCAUCGGGAGCUGCAUUUGGUGCUCACGGCGACGGACGGGGGCUCGCCGCCCAGGUCGGGCACGGCUGAGGUGCGGGUGGUGGUGCUGGAUGCCAAC